AUGAAAUUGCUGGCCUUCCUGUUUAUUCCGCUCUUUGCGGGUGUGGUGGCCCAGAAUAAUAACUUUUGUCUGGCGCCUCCUCCGUUGACAGAGCCUGGCUCCUCGGAAACUUGUGGAGCCGGUUGCAUUUCCGAUGAAGUUGCACUGAACCUCGCUGAGUAUGCGAUUGAGACAGAGUUUCCUAUUGCUGGUGGCAUCGGUGUUUCUGUUCUAGACGCCUUCAUGGGCGGGAGUUCCGGUGAUGCCCAAAUCAAGCAUGCGUUUGAUGAGCUGAAGAACUACUUUGUGGGCAGGCUCAAGGAGUUGGAGUCCGAGGUAACGCUCAACACUCUCGCGAGACAUUACAAAGUGUUGAAAGAUCGGGUCGUUGUCUACGACGAUGCCAAAAAGGUUUACGAAGAUGACAAGACAGACCAUCACGCCGCUUCUUGUGAAGAGGCGUUGACAGUAGUCCUAGCUAGAUCAGUGCGAUUCGCUCAAGGAGGAUCUGGCCACGCCCCUUGAUGGAGCCAGCCCUGCAGCCAUCCUCCCAUACAUGGGCACGGUUGGGCAAACUUGCAUCAGCUUUCAUGUUCUCAAUACGUACCAUCAUGAAUAUGCAACCGGUGUCAAACAAGACGACGAAUUCAUAGCCGAGGCCAAGACCCACCUUGACGACUUUAUUAAUAAAAUGAUCAGGUUGACCCACGCUGCCGCUUCCAGAGCCAUACGAUUCGAUUCGAAAGGGCAAGAUCACGUACGAGUGUGAAAGUUGGAAAGACUGCUCUGACAGAAGGAUUGAUCAUUGGACUGCGACAUGUCCCCACGUCUAUCAAACGAAGGUGUUAGACGACGCAUGCCGCGGGCUUGGAGGCCCUGAACACCCCCCUCUGGUAGCGUUUGCCAAGCAUGAUGGAAGCUGUGCAGACGAGGAAGCCAACAAGUUCUUAAAACUCUACCGAGCGGUCGUAAUGAAAGGUGAGAUAGAGCCUGUGCUUUAGCGAUUUGGCAGUGGGUGACC